CUAGCACUGCAUAGAAUCUUGACUUCAUUGCUUUCAUCAAAAGAUGAUUUAAUUCUAAGGGUAACUUGAAAGGAUAAUUGUUGGAGUUGGCAACUGAUGAAAGAUUGAAAAAGAAUAGUGAAAAUAUAUCAUUUGUUUCAUUUUAGAUAAAAGUUAAAGACGAACAUUCGGAGAAUUUCGCUCUUCUGCUCCUGUGGAGAGGAUGGCUCUGAAGACCGUACCCAAGGACACGCGGCAUCUGCGGGCUUGUUUGUUGUGUUCGCUGGUCAAGACUAUAGACCAGUUUGAAUAUGAUGGUUGUGAUAAUUGUGAUGCAUACCUUCAGAUGAAGGGUAACCGAGAGGUGGUGUACGACUGCACCAGCUCUUCCUUUGAUAGAGUCAUUGCAAUGAUGAGUCCAGAGGACAGCUGGGUCUCCAAGUGGCAGCGAGUCAGUACCUUUCAGCCUGGAGUGUAUGCAGUGUCAGUCACUGGUCGCCUGCCCCAAGGAAUCGUGAGGGAGCUGAGAAGUCGAGGAGUGGCCUACAAAUCCAGAGACACAGCUAUAAAGACCUAGCAAGAUGUAUGGCUGCCAGUGUCUUUGCCACCGCCUCCUGCCUCUGCUUAUUUAUUGUUGUGAAACUAAAUGGACAGAGCUUCAAAUACUCCUCACUCUCCAAUUCUGAGGCUCAACAGACUGAUAAGAGAGCAGCACAGCAUGUUCCUGGGCCAUUUUCU